UACAAACAUGAGCAAAUACACUCAGUUCUACAACAACAAUGAUGUCGAUGAUGAUGAGGAGUGCGACCUCGGAAUGCAUGGGAGCGCCGUACUCAUCCCUGAGGAGACAAACAUUAAUAUCAAUGGCUUUGAGAAUCCUCAAUUUGAAGAUCUCCACCAGACAGAGAAUCACUCAUCUGUACAUGAACACAGCAAUGGAAAGAAUUCUGAUGGAUCUCCGAUGGAAGUGGCUGGAGAGGAGACUAGAUGUAAGAUGCCGUCUGAUGAGUUCAAAGUACCAAUAGUAGAUACCACGGGGAGUGUACAGGUCCUCAACAAUGGCAACAAACAAAUACCUCUAACUAAUCUAGCGAAAGCCCAGUUAAAAGUCAGGAGAUUUGUAGAACAUCUAGCUGUGAGAUUGAUUGGAGUACUAUUAGUCUUUGUGGAUAUCAUCAUUGUGAUUGUUGAUAUUAUCAUCGACCCUAAACAAGAAGCACCUCUAGAGAUAUAUGAUAUCGUCUCUCUAUGUAUCUGGUUCUACUUCUUCAUUGAAAUAUGCCUUAGGAUAUUUGCCAAAGGCUCAGAGUUUUUCCACAGUAAACUGGACUUAUUAGAUCUAGCUAUAGUAGUCAUCACUGGGUCCGUAACAUGGACCUAUGUCAUAGCAGACUUCACUGGAGCAAACUCAGAUGUAGGAAAGAUUAUCAUGGUGUGUCGUGUACUAAGAGUAGUGAUGUUUGGCAGACUCAUCAGUGAAAGGAGACAUGUAACCAAGGCCUCCAGGAAAUUGGUCUCUGAAAAUAAGAGAAGAUAUCUACAAGAUGGCUUUGAUCUUGACCUGACCUAUGUCACUGAUCGAAUUAUUGCAUCAUCCUUCCCCUCAUCUGGCAAGCAGUCAAUCUACAGGAACCCAAUCUCUGAAGUCUCUCGCUUUCUCAACACCAAGCAUCCAGACCAUUAUAAAGUCAUCAAUCUUUGUAGUGAGAGACAUUAUGAUGAGUCUUAUUUCAACCAUCAAGUCAUCAGAGUCCAAACUGAUGAUCAUAAUGUACCCAAGCUAGAAGAGUUGCUAAAAUUCAGUAAGAUUGCUAAAGAGUGGAUGGAAGCAGAUCCUAAAAAUGUCAUGUUUAUUCACUGUAAAGGAGGGAAAGGUCGAACAGGGACAGCAGUAUGUACUUGGUUACUAGAGAGUGAAGCCUUUCAAACAGCAAAGGAAUGUCUAGAUUUCUUUGGAAGCAGAAGAACUGAUUUAGAUGAAGGAGAUAAAUUCCAAGGAGUUCAAACACCAAGCCAGAGUCGCUAUGUACAUUACUUUGAGCAAGUGAAAUUCAAGUACGGAGGACAGAUUCCUGAACCCAAGGAUCUCAUCAUAGAGAAUAUCAGGAUUAGAAAUCUAGCAGGUUUAGGGAAAGGAGAUGGCAGAGAUCUGUAUUUUGAAAUCAUCUGUAGCAACAAAAAGGUCUUUGACUGUAGAUUUGAGAAUGGGCUAAACUGUCAGAGUAUAUAUGAUCAUGCUUCAGACAGUCUAUCAGCUCGUAUCCCGCACUGUCCGGUGCUUCAUGGAGAUGUCAAAAUUAGAUUUAAAUCAUCAAGUAGGAAAGUACCAGAGGACUAUGAUAACUGUGCUUUCUUCUUCUGGUUCCAUACAGCAUUCAUAACAGAUAAUAGGUUGUUUCUUCCACGAGAUGAGCUUGAUAACCCACACAAGAGCAAAGCAAAGAAGAUAUACAGCGAAUCAUUUAACGUAGAGGUUCAGUUCAGCGAAAUAAAGACAGAAUCCAUCUGCUAGAUCUGCUAUGAACUCUGUUGUCCCUUUACUCUAUCGUUUGCAUCUUCACAUUGAACAUUGCUCUGUUCAGGUUCUAUUUCAUUGUUGUGUGAUCUGCUACGAGCUGCUUGCUUUAAAGACCGUCAAUACUACUGGGCCAGAAGGGAUUAGACCACACAGCGAGGU